GGGCAGUGUGUUGGUGGCUAGCGGGGGCGACCUGGUGUUGGCGAGUGGGCUGAUUGCGCAGCUGUGGGCGCCGCUGCAGUACCUGGGCUGGUUCUACAGGGAGCUGCGUGCCGCGCUGGUGGACAUGGAGGAGUUCUUCCAGGUGCUGCGGACUCCCUCGGGCAUCACGGACGGCAGCAAACACCUGCCACCCACUCCACCAUCAACAACAACAGCAACAACGGCAGCAGCAGCAGCAGCAGCAAGAACAACAACGCUAUCACAGUCGCAGCAGCUGCAGGCGGACCGACAGGAUGUACCAGCCGAUGUUAACUGCCGCCGAACUGCUGCCGGUGCUGCUGACUGUUGCAGCAGCAGCAGCAGUUGGGCCGCUAAUGCAAGCACAAGCACGUGUGGAAGCAGCAGCAGCGGCAGCAGCAGCAGCAGCAACGAGGUCUGUUGCGACACAGCCAGCAGCAACUGCGGCAGUAGCAACCAAAGCAGCAAGAGCAGUAGCAGCUUGGUUUCAACCGUCCAUAACAGUCGCGGUGUAAAAAGCGAUGGAGGCGGUGGUAGAGGAGAAAGCGAUGGCAGCAGUAGCGGCCGUGCCAGCGCAGGUGUGGGCAGUAGCAGCAGCCGCGCCGGCGUGGGGCGACCCGUGGGUCAGGGGCUGCUGGUGGAGCUGGUGGAUGUGUCGUUCGGAUACACACCGGACCGGCAGAUCCUGAAGGGCGUGACCCUGCGCAUCAACCCCGGCGAGUCCGUAGCGGUGGUUGGCUCCAGCGGCAGCGGCAAGUCCACCAUCCUCAAGCUCCUCACACGGCUGUACGACGUCUGGGGGCCCUCCGCCUGCAGUGCGGGUGGCAAUGCCGGUAGCAGCAGCAGCAGCAGCAGCAGCAGCGGCAGCUGUGGCAGCAGUGGGGACAGCAGGUGUGGCAGCAGUGGAGGGAGCAGCAGCGGUGGCGGUAGCAGCAGCAGCAACGGCAAUGCCGCUACUUGCAGUGGUGACGGGGCGGUGCCAGUACAUGUGGAUGCGCAAAACAGCAGCAGGAACGGUAACGGCACUGUUAGCGCUUGCAGCAGCAGUACGAACGGUACCAACGGAAACCAACGCACCAACGGUAACGGUUGUAACGGCCAGAGCUACAGCCACCCACACCAGCCUUACCACACCGCGUACGUCAACACCAACGGCAGCAGCAACGGCCGAAGCGACAGCAGCAUUGGCGUGACUGUUCCAGUCGUCAGCAACGGUAUCGGCAGCAGUGAACUCCCUACCACCCAGGAAACAGGGGACACUGACGCCGGUGUCAUCCGCAGUAGAACCCUCAGCCCCAGCCCUCUACCUCCCGCCAGCCUCCUACCACCUCCCAGCCCCAGCCCCAGCCCCAGUCCCCGGCGGAGCAGUGGGGUGUACGUCAACGGAGUGGAUGUACGGGAGCUGAGGUUGGAGGAGCUGCGGGGGGCCAUUGCGGUGGUGCCGCAGGAUACGGUUCUUAACUACGACAGCAUCCUAGAGAACAUCCGCUACGGUCGCCCGGAUGCGAGUGACGAGGAGGUGGUGGCGGCGGCUCGCAUGGCUCGACUGCACGACACAGUCAUGUCCCUACCCGACAAGUACGACACAGUGGUGGGUGAGCGGGGUCUGAAGCUGAGCGGCGGAGAGAAGCAGCGAGUGGCCAUCGCCCGAGCCUUCCUGCGCGCUCCCAGACUGCUCAUCUGCGACGAGGCCACCAGUGCCCUGGACAGCGCCACCGAGGCCGCCAUUAUGACCAGCCUAGCGGAGCUGGCGGAGGGCCGCUCCGCGCUGUUCGUGGCUCACCGGCUGAGCACUGUACGGCAGUGCGACCGCAUUGUCGUACUGCGGGGUGGGCGGGUGGUGGAGCAGGGCAGCCACGAGCAGCUGAUGGAGAAGGGG